AUGUCUUACAAUUCCUUCCAUUAGAAGAAAAACUUCUUAUCUACAAAAAUGAUGAAGUUUUCUUCUAUUCUUGUGCUUUUCUUUAUUUUCCCGAUCGCAUUUGCUCAACUACGGGUCGGGUUUUAUAGCCGGUCAUGCCCUCAAGCCGAGACCAUCGUACGCAAUCUUGUGCGCCAACGGUUUGGUGUUGACCCAACCGUCACAGCCGCUUUGCUCCGUAUGCAUUUCCACGACUGUUUCGUUAGGGGCUGCGACGCUUCCCUUCUCAUUGACGCACCCAACUCUGAGAAAACGGCCGGACCAAACGGAAGCGUUAGAGAAUUUGCCCUCAUCGACCAGAUCAAGGCUCAGCUAGAGGCCGCAUGUCCCUCCACGGUCUCAUGCGCUGACAUCAUCACACUAGCGACACGUGACUCCGUGGCCUUAGCCGGAGGCCCGAGCUACAGCAUUCCCACGGGAAGGCGCGAUGGUUUGGUCUCAAACGAUGUUGACGUCGCCCUUCCGGGUCCAACAAUCUCCGUUGCCGGAGCCGUCAGUUUGUUUACGGACAAAGGGAUGAACGUGUUCGACGCUGUGGCUCUUAUAGGUGCACAUACCGUUGGUAAGGGAAACUGUGGUCUGUUCAGUGACAGGUUCACGAAUUUCCAAGGAACCGGACGACCUGACCCGGCCAUGGACCCAGCUUUGGUUUCCAGUUUAAGGAACACAUGUGCAAACAGCGCGACAGCUUCUCUAGACCAGUCGACUCCACUAAGGUUCGACAACCAAUUCUUCAAGCAGCUCCGUAAAAAGAGAGGAGUGUUUCAGGUUGACCAGCGUCUCGCGACAGACCGACAGACUCGUGGUGUUGUGGCUCGAUAUGCAAACAACAAUGCUUACUUCAAACGUCAGUUUGUUAGAGCAAUGAUAAAGAUGGGAGCCGUUGAUGUGCUUACCGGUAGUGCUGGUCAAAUCAGGAGAAACUGCAGGAGAUUCAACUAAUGAAUUUGAUGAAUUACUACCAAGUGUGGAGAUCAUUAUAAUAUAUGAAACAUAUUGUUUCAAAUCUUAUUUGUGUUUCUAAAUAUUUUUUUGUUUUGUUGGGUUUUUCUGAUUAAAUAAGGUUUUUCGUGGAUUGGAUUUACGGUUUUAAUUCUCGAAAAACAUAACUAUAUGCUGGUCUAAUAUGGAGGAUGUAUCUUAUUCUCAUGCGAUUAUUUUGUGGCAUUGACAAUAUUGGUCAAGUAUCUUUGUCAUCAUUAAACAUAUAUAAAAAUUCAAUAUUUGGUUUGUU